AUGUUGGGCUCUCGAAUUUCGAUUCGCGACAAUGCAAGCUCGCACGCAGCCCAAGAAACAAGGCAGUAUUUAACGGAAGAAAACGUGGAAUUAUUGGACCAUCCUCCAUAUAGUCCCGAUCUAAGUCCAAACGAUUUCUUUACUUUCCCGAAAAUUAAAAACAGACUGCGUGGUCAAAGGUUCCAGUCACCAGAAGAAGCAGUUGACGCAUUCAAAAAUGCCGUUUUGGAUUUGCCAGCAAAAGAGUGGAAUAAGUUUUUCGAAAAUUGGUUCGAGCGCAUGCAGACGUGUAGUAAUCUUGGUGGAGAAUACCUCGAAAAACAAUAA